CCAACUGCUCCAUCGUCACUUGUAACACCCAAUAAUCGAGAUGAGUGGACCAUUCCACCAGCAUUUUUAAAAUCCAACCAUCUAUCGUAACAAAAGUCCCAGAAAGAAGAAGAGAAGAUGGAAAUGAAGAUGUCUGUUCUUUCUAUCCUUUUCUUAGUUUUCUUCUUUCAACUUUCUUCUCUUGGGGUUUCUCAAUUAGAUUCUUGCAAUUCCAAUCUCAAUCUCAACAGUGAUGCUGUGCCCUUCAAUACAACUUCUCUACGUUGCAAUCCUGUCUGGGGUGCACAUGGUUUCAUCCUCAGGUAUGCGCAGAGCGGGCCAAGCUUGUGGAGCUUUGUUCUAUCUGCGCCGGAUCCAAAUUCAUACGUCGCAAUGGGGUUCUCAAACAACGGUCAGAUGAUCGGAUCGAGCGCAAUCGUCGGUUGGAUCUUGACGAAUGGGACCGCAGUUGUAAAACAGUACCUUCUGAAAGCGAAAACUGAGAGCCAAGUCCUCCCAGAUCAGGGGGACCUACCACUCAUCAACGGAUCGACGGUGAUCAUAUCGCAAUCGUCACGCCUAUACAUUAUCUUCCAAUUGAACACCGUCCAACCACUAUCGAAUGUGAUCUACUCGAUGGGGCCCAGCAAUGUAGUGCCCUUAUCGAACGGCAUCUUGUCCAAGCAUCAAGAUAAGGUGUCCACUCGGCUAGACUUCGUAACAGGUCAGAGUUCUAUGAACGCCCCAUAUACGACCCUAAGGAGGAGUCAUGGGAUAUUGAAUAUGGUGGGGUGGGGCAUCCUCAUGCCAAUAGGGGCCAUCUUUGCUCGCUACUUCAAGGAGUGGGACCCAUAUUGGUUCUAUGCUCACGUUUUCAUCCAAGCCGUUGGAUUCGGCUUGGGAUUAUCCGGCGCGAUCAUUGGAUUUAGCCUAGAGGACAAGCUCUCGGUCAAUGUAGACACCCACAAAGCCCUCGGGAUAUUAAUCCUCGCCUUCGGAUGCCUCCAGGGACUGGAUUUUGUAGCUGACGGCGUUCCUGGUGCGACCCGACAAGGGAUCCAAGAUCCGAAAGUAUUGGAAUUGGUAUCAUGGCUGUGUUGGGAGAGCUCUAAUUGGAAUUGCAAUAGGAAAUGUAUUCUAUGGAAUAUCUCUGGGCGGAGAAGGGAAGUCUUGGAAUAUUGGUUAUGGGGUUGUUCUUGGAUGCUGUGUUUUGCUUGCUUUGGCUUUAGAAGUUCGAAUGCACCUUCGAAAGAAAUAGUCUUUUAUUAGGAGAGUGAGACUUCAUGUAACGAUUUUCAUUACAAUCAAAUAGACUCCUGGUCUUCUGAUGUUUCCUUGUUGAA